UUAUGUGUGUCUGCAAACAAACCAAUUGGACGGUUAUUGCGUUGGUUUUUGCACGCAUUUUCCAGUUUUCUUGGCUUUUUCCUGGACAAUGUCCAAGAACAAGUUCAUGCACGAGAGGAAUAUCUACAAGAAACCUCCUGAUUUCACUGAACUCGCGGUGAAGUACCCGGAAUUCUUGAAAGUCUGCAAAUUGGACUUGAAUGGAAGCGCCCAGGUGGACUUUAGGAAUCCAGACACUCUCAGGAUCCUGACCAAGUGUCUGCUUUUGCGUGACUUUCAGCUGGAUGUGGAAAUUCCGGCUGGGAAGUUGGUUCCAACGCUACCUUUGCGAUUGAAUUACAUUCUCUGGAUUGAGGACAUCCUGGAGAAGAUGGGCAUUUGUGAGGCCACUGGUCUGGAUAUUGGCUGUGGUGCUUCGUGUGUGUAUCCGAUGCUGGGUGCCAAGUGGAAAGGUUGGCGAAUGUACGGCACAGACAUCACGGAAGAGAUCGCAAAGAGUGCCAGAGAAAAUGUGGUCAGGAAUGAUUUGCACGAGAAAGUCACGAUCAUCCAGCAAGACGAGAGUGAUUCUGUGUUCUCGAGAGUUCAGGCAGAUCUUCACUUUUGCAUGUGCAACCCGCCCUUCUUCGACGACACGAGAGACUGUCCGGAGAAUCGAACGGGGAAGAGAGCGUCGCCCAAGAAUGCGCCCACGGGAGAUGCCACGGAAUUGGCUUGCGCGGGCGGAGAAGUGGCGUUUAUUGAGAGAAUAAUCGAGGAGAGUGUCCAGAUGAAGGACAGAGUGGCCUUCUUCACCACCAUGAUAGGUGUUAAGCACGAUUUAGCGAUUUUGGUGAAGAAGUUGAGAGAGAAGAACAUCACAAAUUACAUUGAGACCCAGUUCUGCCAGGGAAACACCACACGAUGGGGUCUGGCGUGGACUUUCCGGGAAGAUCUCUUCCUCAGGAGGGUGCCUUGCAUCAAUCCCAGCGCCGGCGCUGGAAGUGACAGCAAGACUGUGAAUUUCACCCUCACGAAUAGCGAUGAAGAGUCGCUAAAGUUCGUCAUUGAGAAGCUGAGGAGGAUUUUUGGGGAGCUAGAAAUGACGGUGGAAAUUCUGCAGGAGAGCGCGGGGAUGGCUAAUUGGCUGGUGAGGGCGCAGAGCAACACCUGGUCACACCAGAGGAGGAAGAGGCGUCAGAUGAUGAAAGAAGCUUCUCAGGACGUUGAGAUCUUACAGGAAAGGAAGAAACCGCGCUUGGAUGAGAAGCCGAUCCUUGUGGCGGAGGUGUUAAUGGUACCAAGAAACAAUCAAGCGAAGCUGGAGCUGAUUUACCUGGACGGGAAGCUGGGCCGGGAUGGAAUUCACCAAGUUCUCCAGUAUAUCAUUAAUAAUUGGCGCAGAGACGCUUCGUUAUAA